AUGGUGGUUAUCGAUCAUGUAUCUCCUUCCACUCCUAUUGUUGUUUGGAUGCAAAGGUGUAGUAGCUAUGUGGAAAAUAUACCCAAUGUUCUUCGAAUUAAGAAUCCCACCAAAUUUGGAGAAGACGUUCGAGGCAUUCCGGACUGCUCUGGAGAACUUGUAGAUGUGAGCUGGGAGUUAGUGAUGGGCCUUCGACCGACUGUUCUUGAGAUUACUGAUUCUAGGAAUCCCCUACCAUGUUUGACUGCUGUGCUUCAGUCUAUUGAAAGCGAUGUCGUCAAAACAUUUUUCGGAAAGGUCAAGUUGCUUUCUGUUGACAAGACCGAUAUUGGGUUCAAUGAUUUGAUUUUCUUGCUACGAAAGCUCGAACUAUUAGAAGGAUUUUCCUUCUCUGAGUUAUCGUUCACGCAGAAAGAGUGGGAACUAAUGUUACCGGAAUUUCAAAGGCUCAAUUUGCGGGCCAUGGACAUAAGCGAAGAUAUCUUGGAUUCCACACUGAGCAAAACGAACGUGGAAUUGCUUAAAUUGUCGGGGCCUCCUGGGAUUAAAGUAGAUUCUUUAAAGAAUUGUGCUGCAACAUUUGUUACGGUUUCUACACUUGCUAUUCAAGAACUUGACUAUGUAAAUGACAGAGAUGCGGAAGAUUUGAUCAACUGUAUUGAAAUUAAGUUUCCUCGCUUAAAAACACUCAUCUGGGAUUGGAGCAUUGUAGAUCCUGCUGUAACGUAUGACGAGCGUUCGAAGACUGUUGUAGAGGACUUGGUGGGGCUAUUCAGAAAAAUGGAUCUGCAGUGCUUUGCCGUUAUUUUGUACACUCCAUGCAGUGACACAAGAUAUGCCUCAGGAGAAUUGGCGCGUUUCUUUGCGGAAGAGAAUCUUCCGUUUGUUCAGCUAAACAGAUUCGCUUCGAAGGGAUUGCCAAAGGGUCAUGAGAACUUCACGAUAAUAUCGUCAGGUCAAGAUUAUGCGACACGAGCUAAAGUUCACUCCAUAUUUGUCGAUGGUCGAACUUCUGCACCAAAUCUGCGGCUCCUUCUCCAGCUUAUAGACGACUUUUGUCCUCAGCUGCAAUUAGUUAAAGUUGUGGAAUUUGGAGGUUUCGACGGGGACAGCAAUUACGUGGCUUCGUUAUUCACAUCUGCUUAUUCUUUAUUGCCAUCCAAGUCUCGUUAA